UCCAGCACUCGCCCGGGCCGGCAGCCCACGCACGGGGAGCCUUCAAUUUUUGCACCAACGCCAUAUAACUGCAAUAGAUCGGUGGAACGGUUUAGAAGUUGAUGCACUGCAGCGCCAUCUAGCGCAUAACGUAAAAUGCAGCCCCAUAGCGUCAAUUCGCUAUGAAGACAGCACGUGAGUGAAUGGUGGGCGCUCCACACUCCAGCAUCGAGGCCCCGAUCAUAGGCGCUGCAUUUUUCAUUAAAAUCCGACGUGUAACCGCCUCAGCUUAUCCCACCGGCCGUGAAGAAAUUUCACUUCGAACAGACCUAUUGAAACAAAAUUGUAAACACUGAUAUCUGUCGCAGCUGUAUGAAAUCCAAAUAUAAAUGGCAAGACACAACGAGACUGCACGAUGCGAGAUGGUGAUGCUACUGCCGUUGCAUGUACACCAAACGUACAUCAGCCGUCAAUGCUUUGCAAGUAUUUUAAAAAGAUAUGUUUAAGAGAGUAAUUUGUUCAAUUCAAAUUUAACAUUCAGUUGUAAAAAUCAACGGGCUUAAAUAUAUUUAAGGUAUUUCGCAGACAAACUUAGCAAACAAAACAAUAAAUAUACAAUAAUUAAGGACAGGAAAAAUUCGCGGGUUCAAUGACCUCUAGGAUGAACUCCAUAGUUCUACGUACACUCGGUCAAAUGCCACCCACGCAUUGGGUGCUGUCUUGUGAGACGUCCCAAUGUAGCAGCCUCUGAUUCGAUAAAGCUUUGGUCGGGCGUUUCUCAUUGGCCCAGAGUCAUCCAGGUGAGUUGUGAGCCAAUAGCAGAGGCAGCACUGAGCUGUAACUAUUUGUAUUUUAGCCUAUCGCGAAAUGAAUUCGCGAAUUUUUCCGGUCUCUAACAAUAAUAAUAACGCACCAGUUUAACAAACUUUCAAAAAUAAAAAUUCUGAAAUGAGUUCCAGUAGCGCCACGCCAGAGACGCGAUGGAAAUUGAAAAUAUUUCUAACAGGGAAUUAUGUCGCGAACAUCGUUUUGUUCGCACUGACUACACAGAUGCGCCGAGCGUGACUGGUUGGAAAUCUUCGCUGUUGAGGUUUCAGCCGCUAGAGGCGCAGCGGUGGCGUCGCUGCGACCAGAGCGCGCGGCGUGGCUGACGACGGAACUAAAGUGCGCGAGUCGGGGCCGACUUUCCCCUUGCAAGGGGUGUGUCAGGUUGGGAAGGAGGGGGGGGGGGGGGUCAUACUUUCUCCUUACUUGAGGGAGGCACGGAGCUCAUACUAAUGAUGUGAUUCCGCUCGCCGGAGGCCAACAUCGGCUUAAGCUAGGUGAAAAAACAAACACACAAGCGAUUGCACAACAGGCCAUGCACACGACCUGUGCGAAAUCGGGUUCACAAUUGAAAUCUUACUGUUAAUUUCAGCGGCAUCUGUUAGUGGUGUUAGUAAAUAACUCUAUUGACUACCAAAUCAUCUCCUGGUAUCUGACCAGCAGUUUGAAAUAAAUUACUAUUUUUCAACUAAUUAAUUUUGGUUAUGUUAAGUUUUUAGAUAACAAUUCUAACCACAAUUUUUUUUCCAUUUGUUAUUAACAUUUACCUCUAAUGACAUUUUCUAAGUAAUAUCAUUAAUUUAUUUUUAAAGCAGGAAUCCUGAACUUGUAAUAUCUCGACAAUUUCUUACCACAAUGUGAUUGACAAUUAUAAACAGUUCUCAAGUCCCGCUAAAAUGUCACACUACUAUUCUCCCAUCGGCUUUUGCACCAUGCUUCCGUAACAUAAAUAAAGUACCCAAAUAAGAGAUAGGCGCCUAAAAAGAGACACUGUGAUAUCCAGCCCGAUAGGUGCUGCCACCUCUCGGCUAGGGCAGUAACUUGCUGCGCGUGAUCGUCAGACACCAUCUCCGUGCGUCGCAAAGCAACAGAAAGUAUUCGGCGGAACGGACACGUAAUUUAGUGUUUUUAGUCAUUUCAAAUGUUUCAAUAGGGAAGAUUUGAAGCAUUGAACAAGUGUGAAGGUAAGUUAAUUUGUUAUUUACUUAUAUUUUACUGUGAAGUAUAUAAAGUUAGCUACAUUACAGACCAGUCAUAAAAUUAUAACCAUGACAUGUUUGAGCUGAGGCAGCCAUGUUUGUUUUAAGCGUUCCUGAUCCUAAUAAGAGACACAUUAGGCUCCUAUUAAGAGAUGGUGUCUCUUAUUAGGGCACUAUCUCUUAUUUGGGUAAUUAAAUAUGUUGCGCAGCCAAAUUAACACCAUAUUUUAUAUUUAAAUUUGUAUUGAUGUGCCAUAGAAAUCCAAAUGUAGGCCUAGGUAUAUAUACUAAGUAUACCAGUCCUAAUGAUUUUAUUUAUCGUAAUGUUUCUAUAUAAUUAUAGAUAACUUAAAGUGACUAAUAAGUUAUAAUUAUUUCAAUUAAUUUUUACUGUUUCAGUUGUCUGGUGAGAAAGGAAAGCGUAAAAUGUGGAAUCCGGAGAAGAUGAGAGAUGCUGUCAAAGCUGUUCGAGCAGGGGAAAUGGGUUACUUGCGUGCUUCAAAAUCAUAUGGUGUUCCAAAAGGAACAUUAGAGAAAUACGUCAAAAACCAAAGUAAGACACCUGAACAGUUACUUGAAAUGUCAUCUGGCCGGAAACCAGUGCUUCCAUACGAACUCGAGAAGCUAUUAGUUAAAUAUUGUAUGGAAAUGGAGGAGAGGUACUUCGGUUUGACCAUCGCGGAUGUCAAAAGAAUGGCUUUCGAGUUGGCAAUUCGAAAUGGUCUGAGUCAUCCUUUCAAUCCCAAAAAGGAAUCUGCAGGGAAGAAAUGGUUCAAAUUAUUUUUGAAGAGGCACCCAGAACUUUCUUUGCGCACUCCUCAGGGUGUGUCUGCUGCGAGAGUUAGGUCAUUUAAUGCUGAAAAUGUGAAUGCGUUUUUUGAUUUUUAUGAAAAGGAAUUAGAUAAAAUUCAUUGCAAUGCUCACAGAGUCUAUAACGUCGAUGAGACAGGCCUAACCGUGGAGCAACAUAAACUUCAGAAAGUUGUUGCUUCCAAAGGUAAAAAACAGAUUUCGAACUUGACAUCUGCAGAAAGAGGGUCAUUAAUCACUACUGUGACAUGCAUGAAUGCCGCUGGUACCUUUGUACCACCGCUCUUCGUUUUCCCUCGGAAAAACAUGAAAGCUGAAUUAAUGGAUGGUGCUCCCCCAGGUUCCAUAUCUGCGUGCCACAUAUCUGGAUGGAUACAAACCGAUAUUUUUUCCAAAUGGUUUGACCAUUUUGUGAACUUCACUAAGCCUACAGAGGCCGAUCCAGUAAUUCUAAUUUUAGAUGGUCAUCAUUCCCACACUCGUAACAUUGAAGUGAUCGAGAAGGCUAGACUCAAUAAUGUGGCUAUAAUUUGUCUACCACCCCAUUCUACAGCUAAAAUGCAACCAUUAGAUGUAGGAUUUAUGAAGCCAUUGAAGACCUACUAUGCUCAAGAGGUUUCUAACUGGCUUCGGCAUAACCAAGGGCGUGUAGUGACUCACUUUCAAGUUACUAAGCUGUUACUUGCCUAUCAGAAAGCUGCUAAAAUGAAAAAUUCCAUCAAUGCUUUUCGAAAGACUGGUCUAUUCCCUUGCAAUAGGGACACAUUUUCUGAUGACGAUUUUGCUAUCCAUGCAGGCAGUGUGAGCGAAGAUAUUGUUAUUCCUAAUUCAGAAACAUAAGUUGGACCACUUUAAAUCUCACCACUCCCCACAUUACAUCAGCCCCAAGUAAGUUCUGUAAGGAGUGAAGACACACAACCAUCAUGUUCAACGUCCAAGCCACCUGGACAGAAACAUCCCAGGGCCGGAAAAACAGCUCUGAUAACAUCUAGUCCUUACAGAAAUCAGCUAAAGGAAACUUUGGACAGUAAAAAGAAGCGAGAAAAUGCAGCCAGGAAGAAAUUAUUUGCAGAACCAUUAACAAAGAAGACGAGGAAAUCUAAACCAAAGAAACAGUGUUCGAGUUCAUCCAGUGACGAUGAGUCUGAAGGUAAAAUGCAGCUGAUUGACUCCAGUGAAUCGGAUGUCUGUGCAGAAGAUGAUGCUGAGUGCUUAUUUUGCACCGGACUAUUCUCUGAGGUCCGGAGAGGAGAAAAGUGGGCAUAGUGUUCUAAAUGUCGCCGCUGGGCACACGAAGAGUGCGGUGGAGAAGAUGAUCCUUUUAUUUGUCCUUUUUGCCACAAGAAAUGUUAAUGAGUGAAACAAGCACAACACAGUGCAUACAUUUGUAUUGUUUGUAUGAUGACGAUGUGACUUUUUUGUGUGUGUAAAAAGUAUUACUUUUCCAACAGGAAGUGACCCUUACCUUUUUAAAUGUUGUAUUAAACAUUAGAAUGAACCUUACUUUGUUUUGUGUUUAAAAAUGGAUAAAGUUAAGGUAUCUCUUAUUUUUAACCCAUUCUGAGAAUUUAACUUUAUACAUUUUAUUACUUUUUUGAUGGUAACACAUACUGAAUUUCAUUCUAUUCAAAUGAAAAUGACGAUUGUUUAAAGUUAAGUAAUUUUGCAAUAGAACUACACUUCCAAAAAUGAAAAAUUACACAAUAUCAAUUUUAUAUAUAUAUAUUUUAAAAAAUGUAUCUCUUAUUUGGGUACUUUCCUACUAAUUUCCCUCCCAUGCACAUGACCGUCCUAUGUGGUGUUGUGAAAAUGGCGGUCAAAUCUUGCGCACACGACAUACAGUUGCUGUUACUAUUAUUUUUUCAAUUGCGAAUCCAGCCAUAGUACCUACGUUUUUUUUUCUCCAGAAGAAAUGUGAAUAUCAGGCGUUGUAUACAAUGCCACAUGCGUUGGUUUACAAAUGUUCAGUGGCAAAGGCAAGCAGCAAGGCGCUUUAGGGGAGACAUAGACUCGUACAUCGAAUGUUGGUGGGCUUUGCACAGGCUUGCAGUCUUUCAAAAAUAAACUCUGCUGAAAUUUAAGUAUUUUGUGUAUUAGAAAAUAAAGAAAUAUAUUACUAUAGCUACUAUAAGAGCUAUCCUGCUUCAUCAAAUUUAAAUUCAGUUUUUUUGUGCCUUACAGCACCUAUAAACUAAUUAUGACACAUUAACAUAAGAUAUACACACCAAUGCGACAAAACACGAAACACAACACUCAGAUAGAUAAAGAUUGAUGACGUUUAUGUAAACCAAUUGGUUACUUUGGUUUUCACAAAAAUCUUAAACCGAAACUAAAAUAGUGUAUACAAAAUAAAUAUUCUUAAUCCAAACCGAGUCAUUAUGUCUGAACCAACAUAAAUGGUACCUAAUAAAAUGUGCAUCACUGAUCGAACGACUAAAUAAAAAGUGCAAAUAGGUUAUAUAGUAAUGUAGCAAAUUCUUUUCUAAUUAAAAUCAUUUGAUACAAACUUUUAAAUUUAAUAAGCCCUAAAGAUCUUCAUGUGUUGCUAAUAGUAUUAACUACAUUUAGGUGAAAAAAUCUUGGCAUCAAUAUAACCGAAUGUCUUAAAAGAGGACACCAUGUUUAAUGUCAUUACUUACUAUGUGAUAAUUCUGAUUAAUUAAAUUAAUUUUGUGACUAAAGGUUAAACAAUAAAUGCUAUCGUAUUCAGAGACGUUUGUUAACUUGAAAAACAGAUCAUAGUUUCACAAAAAUAUUUCCCAAUUAUAUAUUUUUUCAUCAGCAUCUUUUCUUGAUCAAUUCUGAUUGCAUUUGGAAUAUAAUUUAUUAAAUACUAAAGAGUAGUUGAGAUAAACUACUACUUUGCGGAACACCUAAUACCAUGAAAUUGCUUUUGCAUAUUUGACUGAAAAGCGUCUCUCUGUAAGAUAAUUAAAACAUAUACACCACGCAUUACUUGACGAGGCAUAAAAUUGAUAAUUUUUUAAUCAUAAGAUGUUAGAAAGUAUCAAAGGCUUUGCUCAUGUUGAAAUGAAUAGAAUAUUUUAUUUACAUCUGGAUUUAUACUGGUCCUUACACAUACAUAAAAAAGUGUGUGUUAGAGAUGAUAUUCCUGAUUGAAAACUAUGUGGUUUUAAUGAAUUAAUAUUUUUAUGAAUAAAAUUCAUGUGCCUAUAAAUAUUUUUUUUCAAAAACUUCUAAAAUACUACAAAACAAAGGUUUCUGACAAAAAUUUAACCGUCAAUAAUACUUCAAGAAAAUAUUUACCGAUAAAUGAAUGAACACACAACAUUGGUAAACAACCACUCACUGACUGAUACACACUUAAAUAAAAUAUUUUAUGUAAAAAAAUAAAAAAAAAUAAAAAUUUAAUUUUUUUUAAAUUUUUGUUUGAGCUUUAUUUAUAACAUGGUGGAAUGAUAGUGCUACAGUUACUAAAAACUAAAAAGCUAAAAAACGAGAAAAAAAAAUUAAUUUUUGCAAAACUCCGAUCCCCGGAGAAACCCCCGGAAUGGCCUCCGCAUGUGGAGCCCAAGAAAAGAAACGGGCUCCCCAUUUGGAAACCACCUGAGAGGUUUUUUUUCUGUUCCUCCCACCGUUUCUUUGGUAGCCUGACUUGUUACAAGGGAUUGUAUUCCUACCAGAGAAAAUGCCACCAUUUUAUCUGGGCAAUCCGCCUUGGAGGAGCCGGGGCGCGAACCCGGGUCCUGCAAGUCACAAGGCAGGCGCUCUACCCCAGAACUAGAGUGGUAGAGCGUAUACUUGCAGUCUUCUUAACACUGACAUGAUGUUAUUACAUGAGUUUACUGUAGUUUCGUGUGUCACUAACACGUGCAGUACGUGCAGUUACAUCUAACCUCGGUAACGAAUUCUUUUUGUAUUCUUAUGUUGUUCGUUCAGCAUGAUUUAUAAAUAUGUAAGUGCUUGCACUAUCGAUAGUAAAGUUAUUUAUAAUAAAUGAAAGAUAUUACAAGCAUUACUACAAGCAUGAAGUUAUUGUAUAAACAUUUUAUUUAUUUGGUUUUAAAGCCACAGAGAAGUUUACUUUUUUAUAUUACUUUUGGCUUUCUUUUGUUCUAUCGUGCUUAACAUGCGCAGAUAAUACUGGAAAGCUAUUCAAACUACUGUUUGCAAAUAACUAAAUAUUGGAGGUACUGCGGCAACACGAAGCAUGAAUGCUAACACUAUUUUGUAGUGAUACAGUUAUUUUCAUGUAAACGUACAAAUUAACAAAAAUGUAGGUUUACAUGAAUAUUUCUGUUCCAUUUACAAAGAACAUUUACGGCGCACAACGGCAAAGAGAAUAACUCAACGAUGAAACUUAACAGAUAAAAAUAGGAAAAACAACGGCUAUACAGAGAGGCUCAGGUGAACCUAGCGAUGUGAAUAAACAGUGUAUUCCCUUCUUAAGGAUCAAACAGACUGAGGUUUGUCAUGACAUACAGUUUAAUGAGUAAUGGCAUAUGUCCAUAACGACAUCUUAAGUUAAUUUACCUAUUAUUUAAAAUGUUGUUUGUCAGUGGAAAUUUUAUUUAAUGAACUACGCUGAAUUUGUUUAUAUUCACAUAGAUACUGACUUUCUUUAAACAGAUUUGUGUUUUUUUAGUUUUAUGUGUAUAUUUGUUUACACUUCUGUUAACAAGGCACAGGUAUUAGUGAAGUUAAGCAUAUUCAAAAUAUGGUUACGUUUUAACUUAUUGUAGUUUUCCAUCGCCUCCAGGCGGAAUUAAUUCCAUUAUGGUAGUCUUCCAGUAUGGCAGACUUCCGUCGCCCCCCCCCCCCCCUCCCCCGUAAAAACAGGAGGAAAAGUGCCAUAAUUGAAAACUACCAUAUUUUUAAUUUUACAGAUCGAGGUUAUAAGUAUGCAGUGCUGCCUCCUAUAACCCAUUUUUGGAAACAUUUGUUUCUAUUAGUGCGCGAUCUGUUGAGUUGAUUUAUGACUGGAACUACAGAAAGUAACCGUUAGAAGCGCUAUCUGUAGCCUUUUAAGUUAACCUAAGAAACAGCUAGGGGGUUAACAGUGCUACCUAGCGACGUAUUCUAUACACUAAUUCGAGAGCAAAGCAGCUGUACUUAAUAAUAUUUUAACUGAAGUUCAAUUCGGUUUUCGUGAUGGUUGGUCAAUCACCGAAGCUACAUAUUAACUAUCAACAUAGGCUUUUUACUUGAAGCAUUGAAGCAUUAGACCUAUGCCUUGCCACCUUGCCCGAGUGGUAUGGUGAUGAGCUGAAUACCAAUCAGCAAGGCUCAGGGAGCUGAAAUUGAAAUCAUUGGUAAUGACGAUACCAUGUGGUUGCAUACUACUGUGUGUAACCUCUCAGGAUGCUAUACUAAUGAUGACAUAAUCAAAGAGUGGUUCAGGCGAAAUGCAGUAUUAUUGCAAAAGAGCACUCGUACACAUGCUAUUCUGGAUCAUAAUCUGUCCCGAUCCUGGAAUUGAUGCUCAUGUCGUAUACGGGUUUGCACUCUCAAAUCUGAUGUCACACAACCUGACAUGAAGGCGUUAUGACCCAUAACCUCAGUAUGUAGUCUGUGAAGAGAAGGCUACCCCUUGACCUGCACGCGGCGGGAAGCCUACAACUCAUGUAGUUUCGGUUCCCUGCAAGAAUUUCCGAAGAUUUCCGAAGUUUUGCGUUUUGAUACAAACGCCACUUCAGCCGCUAAAUCAGAAGUUUCCAAUGAAAACAAGCAUGUUGUGACCGACCUAACCUAACCUAACCCUUCGAUUUUUUUUUUAAUUUCAAUUUUUGAGAGAAAUCCGAAGUUGCACGAACGUUGGUUUUUUUUGAGUUGUAGGCUUCCCGCACGCGGCAGCACCAUCGCGAGGGAGGGAGGGAGAGUCAGGGAGG